AUGAGACUACUGUAUUUCAAUUUGAUAGUUUCAAUUUUUCUUUUUAAUUUUUCAAAUGGUUUAUGGAUUGAUACAAAUAACGAUACAACUUUACAAGAAGCUUCAAAUUUAAUUGCAAAGGGUCUUUUGGAUUAUUACGAAGGUACCACAUAUGGUGGUACCAUUGGUAUGUUCACCUAUCCAUAUUAUUGGUGGGAAGCAGGAGGAGCCUGGGGAAGUCUUAUAGACUACACCUUUUUUUUUCAAAAUGAUACUUUAGUUCCAUUAAUUAAGCAGGCUUUGGAAUAUCAAACUGGUGAUGAUUAUAAUUAUAUUCCUUUAAAUCAAAGUACAACAGAAGGUAAUGAUGACCAAGGUUUUUGGGGUAUCGCAGUUAUGGCAGCUGCUGAAAGAAAUUUUAGUAAUCCAACUGAUGAAAAAAAAUCAUGGUUAGGCUUAGCUCAAGCUGUUUUUAAUACAAUGACUGCAAGAUGGGAUACAAGUGAAUGUAAUGGUGGUUUAAGAUGGCAAAUUUUCCAAUGGAAUUCAGGUUAUGAUUAUAAAAACUCAGUUAGUAAUGGUUGUUUAUUUCAUUUAGCUGCAAGAUUAGCAAGAUAUACUGCAAAUGAUACUUAUGUUGAUUGGGCAGAAAAAGUUUGGGACUGGAUGUAUGGAGUUGGUUUAUUAACUGAAGGAAAAUGGUGGUUUGUUUAUGAUGGUGUUAAGAUUGCUAAUAAUUGUUCAAAUAUUACAGGAUAUCAAUGGACUUAUAAUCAAGGUUUAAUGUUGGCAGGUUGUGCAUACUUAUAUAAUUAUACUGAAGAUGAAAGAUGGUUAAAUUAUACAUUGAAUUUAUUAAGAAGUGCUCAAGUUUUCUUCGAUGAUAUUAGCGGUAAUAAAGUUAUGUAUGAAGCUGCUUGUCAACCAUCAGGAAAUUGUAAUAAUGAUCAAAGAUCAUUUAAAGCUUUUUUUUCAAGAUUUUUAGGAUUGACGUCUAAAUUGGUUCCUCAAACUGAAGAGCAGAUUCAUAAGUGGCUAGUUGAUUCUGCAAACUCCGCGGCUGGUUCCUGUAGUGGUGGGACAGAUGGCCACACUUGUGGAUUGCAAUGGACCAAUUGGAAUGCUUCUGAUAGUGACAGGUAUGGUUUACUGGAUCACUGGGAUGGGCUUUAUGGUAUGUUAACAAUUUAGGAGAUGAACAAAUAGGUAUUGAAAAAAAUCCAGAUUUCAAUGUUCAUUUCACAAAAUUAAAGUUAUUGAUUAUACUAACCAUGUCUCUUGGCCUUGGUGAACAAAUGUCGGCGCUUGAGGUGAUUCAGAAUCUUAUGACACCUAAAAGACCAGCGCCAUAUACAGCUAACAAUGGAGGGUCAUCAAUUGGUCAUCCAGCCUCUGGUUAUGGUCAACCAGCCACAAAUGCCCAACCAUUAAGCUUAGAUGGUGGAGAUAAAGCUGGAGCAGGUAUAAUUACUGCUGUUAUUGGUAUAUCGAUAGUUGGUACACUUGUUUGGUUACUUAUUUAA